GAGUUCAGCUGGUUGGACCCCACUGCCAUGUACAGGAAUGCUGAGGCUUUCCAACAAUGUGUCGCUGACCUCACAAAGGCCUUCCAGCCUGAUGAAGUAGACCUGGUCGCUGGAAUAGACGGUGCAGGUUUUAUCCUUGGUGGUGCUAUAGCUUACCACCUGAAGAAAGGAUUCCUUGCCAUCCGUAAGUCUGGCAGCCUGUGUGUCGACGUGGACGAUGUAAGAUUCAUGCACCAUUCCAAGAAGGAAAAACGUGUGGAAAUUCGAAAGGAUGCCUUCAAGCCAAGUAAUUUGUCCGACUUUAAAACCCAGUUCUUAGAGCACGUAAAUAAUGAUACAAAUGUAGAUGAACUGUAUAAUAUGUUUACAUCUAAACUAACCAGCUGUGUGGACAAGUACGUUCUCUCUAAAACAACAAAAGGCAAAAAACAUCUCCCAUACAUCACUCCUGAUCUUAAGCGUCUGAUGAGGAAACGGGACCGCUACUACAGGAAGACAAUAGGUCAAAACACUCCCGAAAGGAAAGACAAGUUAAAGCAGUUUAAGAAAGAUAUCAAGAAGAGAAUGAAAGAAUGUUAUUGGAGUUAUAUCGAAUCAGUUGUACUCGAUAUUGAUGAAAAUGAUUCACAAGAAGGUAAGUCUUCUGCCAAGUUAGGAACUAAGAAAUUCUGGGGCUUUCUCAAAAGCAUGAAGUCCGAGAGAGUUGGCGUUGACCAUAUUAGAGUGGCGGAAUCUUAGUGUCUGAUAGCAAAGCUAAGGCAAACCUCCUCAGCCAACAAUUCCAGUCUGUCUUCACAUGUGAACCAACAGACGAUCCCUCACCUGACAUGGGACCUAGCCCACACCGCUCUAUGCCAGACAUCACCAUAGAAGAAAGUGGAGUACAUAAAUC